AUGAAUGUUGACCCUGCUCCAAAUUCCAAUGUGAAUAUCCCUGAAAAUGGCGUCCAACCUCAACCUGAACAACCUUAUCCUGAUGCAAUUAAUCCAGUUAAUGGUAAUGUUGAAGAGCUUGAAGCUCAACAUAAGUUAACCUCUAAUGUGUGGCCUCACUUCAACCGAGUUAGGGUUAAUAGGGUUAUGAAUGCUAGGUGUAAGUACUGUCGUAAAUCCCUUGGUGGGGAAACCAGUAAUGGAACUUCACACAUGAGAAGCCAUAUCAAAACAUGUAUCCAAAAGAGGAUACAUGAUGGUUCUCAAAAUAUACUUGGCCCUAACUAUCAACCUGCCGGAAAUCCUCAACUCUUUGCUUCUCAAUACAAUUCUGAGGUUUCUAGGAAGGAACUUUGUUCAAUGAUUCUGGUUCAUGAGUACCCUCUUAGCCUUGUUGAUCAUGUGGGUUUCAAACAUUUUUGUUGUUCUCUUCAACCUCAAUUUGCUGUCCCUAGUAGAAACAUGGUGAAAAAGGAUAUUCUGGGUAUGUUUGGGGUUGAAAGGUCUAAAUAUCAGUCGAUGGAAACUUGGGGAGGGUUUCAGUGA